GAUGUUUUCGACAGCCUUGGCAGAGACAACAGUCGGCUUCUCUUUCUCGCCUUCCGAACCCGAACACGGGCUUAUUGGGUAGCUGGCUGGCACCGUCAGGCGUGUUGGUUGCUCAAUCUCAAGUUGCCGAAAUAGCCAUGUCAGACCGAGAUUCGAACCCGAAAAGGCGGCGCGUGGACCUGAAUCCUCUGCGCUCCGACGAUCGAUAUAGCUCCCCAUUACCGACCCGCGAGGGCGAUGGCAGGGGCGAUAAGCCCUUCAACCGACCACAGCACCGUCUGCAGUUCAACCGACGUGGCCGUGGUGAUGGCUCCGGCGUAGAGUCGGGCGCGUCGACGCCUCGCGGCCGGCGUGGCGCGUCACCAGCACCCGAUCUGCCCGAAGAGGACGCCAAUGCGCUUGACCGCGAUUGGUACGCCGGCGACGAGGACGGACACACCUUUGGGGAUGACUACCACAAUCCGUUUGCGGCCUAUGCCGACUCCGCGGCAGCGGAGCAGGAGCAGGUCGAGAAGAAAGCGGGUCGCUUCGACCGCAUGAGCGUCCGCGCCCUCCAGAAGCAGAAGGACAUCGACGCCUGGGAGACGAACCGGAUGCUUACGUCGGGCGUCGCCCAAAGACGGGACUUGGGUGCCGACUUUGACGACGACGAGGAGGCCACCCGUAUUCACCUACUUGUGCACGAUCUGCGCCCGCCCUUUCUGGAUGGCCGCACUGUCUUCACCAAGCAACUUGAGCCUGUGCCGGCCGUCAGGGAUAACCAGAGCGACAUGGCCGUCUUCAGUCGCAAGGGGAGUAAGGCCGUCAAGGAGAGAAGGCAGCAGCGGGAGCGCCAGAAGCAAGCGCAGGAAGCCACCAAGCUUGCCGGCACCGCGCUAGGUAACCUGAUGGGCGUUCGGGCCGAGGAGGAUGGCGACAGUGCUCUUCCCGUGCCCGAAGAUGCCGAUGGCGCUGCCAAGGCGCGGAAUUCCAACAAGUUCAGCGAGCACAUGAAGAAGAACGACGGCGCUAGCAACUUUAGCCAGAGCAAGUCGCUCAGGGAGCAGCGACAGUUCCUCCCAGCCUUCGCCGUCCGCGAGGACUUGAUGCGGGUGAUACGCGAUAAUCAGGUCAUCAUCGUGGUCGGUGAGACAGGCUCCGGCAAAACGACGCAGCUCACUCAGUUUUUGUACGAGGACGGCUAUGGCAAGCUGGGCAUGAUCGGCUGCACGCAACCCCGUCGAGUCGCUGCCAUGAGCGUGGCCAAACGUGUCAGCGAGGAGAUGGAAGUUAGGCUCGGGGGUCUCGUCGGCUACGCGAUCCGCUUCGAAGAUUGUACCAGCCAGGAGACCAUGAUCAAGUACAUGACAGAUGGUGUCUUGCUGAGGGAGUCCUUGAACGAACCGGAUCUCGAUCGGUAUUCGUGUGUGAUUAUGGACGAGGCCCACGAGCGAGCGCUCAACACGGACGUGCUGAUGGGUCUUUUCAAGAAGAUACUACAGAGGCGAAGGGAUAUAAAGCUGAUCGUGACGUCGGCCACGAUGAACUCUAAGAGGUUUUCAGACUUCUUCGGCGGCGCCCCCGAAUUCAUCAUUCCGGGGAGGACGUUUCCGGUGGACGUCAUGUUCCAUCGCUCGCCCGUUGAGGAUUACGUCGACGCGGCGGUCCAGCAAGUGCUGUCUAUCCAUGUUUCAAUGGGUCAGGGCGACAUCCUUGUCUUCAUGACCGGACAGGAGGAUAUCGAGGUGACGUGCGAGCUUAUUCGAGAGCGCCUCGAUGCGCUCAACGAUCCACCCAAACUUAGCAUCCUGCCCAUCUACAGUCAGAUGCCGGCAGACCUUCAGGCCAAGAUCUUCGAUCGCGCGGCCCCCGGCGUGCGCAAAUGCAUCGUCGCCACCAAUAUCGCUGAGACGAGUCUGACGGUCGACGGUAUCAUGUACGUUGUUGACGCCGGCUACUCGAAACUCAAAGUAUACAACCCCAAGAUGGGUAUGGAUACCCUUCAAAUCACACCAAUAUCCCAGGCCAACUCCUCGCAAAGAUCCGGACGUGCGGGCAGGACCGGGCCCGGCAAGGCCUUCAGGCUUUAUACAGAGAAGGCGUUCAAGGACGAACUCUACAUCCAAACAAUCCCCGAGAUCCAACGGACAAACCUCAGCAACACCAUCCUCUUAAUCAAAUCCCUGGGGGUUAAGGAUAUGCUGGACUUCCAUUUUAUGGAUCCGCCACCACAGGACACCAUGACGACCUCGCUUUUCGACCUUUGGGCUCUGGGGGCGCUGGACAAUUUGGGAGAGCUCACCGACAUGGGGCGCAAGAUGAACUUUUUCCCCAUGGACCCGUCGCUGGCAAAGCUCCUGAUAAUGGCGGAGGAGUACGGGUGCACGGAGGAAAUGGUGACGAUUGUGUCGAUGCUGUCGGUGCCCAACGUCUUCUACCGGCCAAAGGAGCGGCAGGAGGAGUCGGACGCAGCGCGGGAGAAGUUCUUCGUGCCCGAGUCGGACCACCUCACGUACCUGCAUGUAUACUCGCAGUGGAAGGCGAACGGGCACUCGGACGGGUGGUGCACGCGGCACUUUCUGCACUCCAAGUCGUUGCGGCGGGCCAAGGAGGUCCGGGACCAGCUGCUCGACAUCAUGCGGGCGCAGAAGAUGGAGAUGGUCAGCUGCGGGACCGACUGGGACGUGGUGCGCAAGUGCAUCUGCUCGGGCUACUACCACCAGGCGGCCAAGGUCAAGGGCAUCGGCGAGUACAUCAACCUGCGGACGAGCGUGACGGUGCAGCUGCACCCGACCAGCGCACUCUACGGGCUCGGGUUCCUGCCCGACUACGUCGUGUACCACGAGCUGAUCCUGACGUCCAAGGAGUACAUGUCGACGGUGACGUCGGUGGAUCCAAUGUGGCUCGCAGACCUGGGCGGCGUGUUCUACUCGGUCAAGGAGAAGGGCUAUUCGGCGCGGGACCGGCGCGUGGUCGAGACCGAGUUUAACCGCAAGAUGGAGAUCGAGAGCAAGAUGGCAGAGGACAAGGCCCGCGACGACGAGCGCCGGCGGGCCGAGGAGAAGAAGCUGGAUAAGAAGAGAGGAGACGACAAGGAGGAUGACAGCGACGAAGAGGACAAGAAGUUCAUCACCAAGGGGGCUGUAAGGAAACCCGUGUUCAAGAGGAAGCGAGGAAGGCCGUAGCUUGAUUGGGGUGAAUGAGAAGGCGCUUGCCCUGCAUGGAGUACAGGUAACUGCCUGCCAUGGUAUUACCUACCUCCUUCCUACCAUUUGCGUAAAG